GUCGUGGGGGAUUGACGUCGCGCGUGUCUCGAUCCCACCGAGCGUGUCUCGAGACCGAUCUCAAACGCUUAAAUAAACCUACAAACCCCCCUGCCUCCCCCCAGGCUUACUACCAUAGGCCACAGAGGGGUAACCCAUCAACUUUUCAAGUUCAAGUUAAAGUGGACGUGUGUUUUAACGUUUUUCGAAUCUGACAAUCAGUGUAGUGCAUUUCUUGUCUGGAACAAAAAAGCGGUGGUGAUAGUGAUAAGAUGACCAAAAAUGUGGGAUACUAGUGUCAGUGCGAGUGCCAAAGUGUAGUGCCAAUGUGAAUCAUGGGGUGUACGCCAAGCAUGCUCUUGGACCACAAGAGCCGUCGCCGGGACAGCGCCGGUUCUCAGGAGGCUGCCUUGGCCAAGGUAGCCCCAACACCGGUGUGCAACAAGGCUGUCCAAGCAGCCAGGGCUCCCAGGGCGUCCCUGGAGUCUGAUGGCUUCAGCGUCCAGCUGUCCAACAAGAAGGACAGCUAUGUGUCGCAAAUGGGCAACAAUUUUGCGACGCAGCUGCACAUUAAGAGGAUAUCGGGCAGCUCUAGCGGAUCGCCCGGCGCGCGCGCAGGCCGCCGCUCCUCGCUGGCGCUCACGCCUGAAGACGAGCCGCUAGUCGACGUCGCCAACAGGUCGCCGCCGCCCGCGCACAUCCCCUCUGCGCUCAUCUACGCGCCCUCGGAGCCCUUAGAGUUGCUAUGCGUAUUCCCGGAGCGCGCAUCGCGCGUGUGCGCAGCGGCGUGCGCGGCCGCGACGCGCGUCGGCGGCGAAGGGCGCGCGGUGCGUGGCGCGCGCGAGACGCUCGACGCGCUGCGACGGGACGGCGACGCGCGGCCGCCGCACGUCAUCGUGGUGGACGCGCGGCAACCGCAGUCGCUUGACGCUACGCUUCUGGCCAAAUGCGACGGCGACGCGCGACCGCCGCACGUCAUCGUGGUGGACGCGCGGCAACCGCAGUCGCUUGACGCUACGCUUCUGGCCAAGUAUGUAGUUACAUUCAUUAUUCCUUCAGUAUUUUUAAUCGCGCGCGAGACGCUCGACGCGCUGCGACGCGAUGGCGACGCGCGACCGCCGCACGUCAUCGUGGUGGACGCGCGGCAACCGCAGUCGCUUGACGCUACGCUCCUAGCCAAAGCGAUUCGAGGAACAAAGAACACCCAGCACGUAAUUCUCAUAGCUGUCGUGAAGAAAAGCGCAUAUCUCAAAGACGACUUCGCGGUGCUACCCUACCUGGAUGCUGGGUUCAACAGGAUCAUGGUGGAGACAGUGGGUGCGACAGCAUGGUGCGCUGAGAUGCUGCAAGCGCGUGCCUCGGCAACAGCUGCGCGGGCGCAGAUCGCCGCGGUGGCAGCCCUGGCCGCCGCCACCGACCGUUGUCGGGACCUUGUGGCAGUCACUGAUGACCAGCAGAGGAUACUGUGGGAGCAACAGCAGCAGCAGAUCGCCACGGUGGCAGCCCUGGCCGCCGCCACCGACCGCUGUCGGGACUUGGUGGCUGUCACCGAUGAGGAGACAGUGGGAGCAACAGCAUGA